AAAGGACGACAUCAGCAAAACACUACACAUUUCUUUUUGCUGCUUUUCCCUUGCCUCAUCCCACCAGUAGCCCAAGCAAAAGUAAUUCUUUAUCGGGUGUAAACAAUAAACGACAAGCAACAUGUCUGAAGCAACCCUUGCAUCCCUCAUCAAGCGACUCGAAGCGGCCACGCAACGUAUCGAGGAAGUAGCUGGCCGGAGUAAAUCUGCGGAAGCUGCUCCGUCAGCUCCAGUUUCGUCUGCUGGUAGUGGUGGUCCAAGUAUUACUGCAUUUGAGGACCUUGUUGGUGGACCGCUCCAAGUGUAUGUCAGCGGUAGUGCAGCUAUUGGCGGUUUGGUCAAGGAACAGGCCGAGAGCGUACGCGAAGCCAUUCAAGCCCAGAAAGCGCUCAUUCAGGUCGCCGCGGCGUCCAAGAAACCCGAUACGACCACUCUGCAGGAAUUGCUGAAACCCACGCAGGCUGCCAUUACAAAGAUUACGGAACUGCGCGAGAAAAAUCGGGCCAGCCCGUUUUAUAACCAUCUCUCUACCGUUAGUGAGGGUAUUCCUGGUUUGGGAUGGGUGGUUGUGGAACCUGCACCUGCGCCAUUCGUUGGAGAAAUGAGGGAUUCUGCACAAUUUUGGGCUAACCGUGUUAUCAAAGAGUACAAGGACAAGGACAAGAGUCACGUUGACUGGGCCAACAGCUUUGUGACCUUUUUGACCGAACUGCAGACAUAUGUUAAAAAGCACCAUACCACAGGGUUGUCAUGGAACCCGCGUGGAGGAGAUGCAAAGUCCGCCAGCGUUGCUGCUCCUGCACCUGUUACCCGUGGCGGUGCCCCAGCUCCACCCCCACCACCGGCUGUCGGGAUUCUCCCAACCAGUUCGCAAGGAGGCGCCCCACCUACCGCUGCAUUGUUUAGCGAGUUGAACAAGGAAGGUCUCACCAGCGGUUUACGAAAGGUGGAUAAAUCUGAAAUGACGCACAAGAACCCCGAACUUCGAGCAUCCAGUAUCGUCAAGAGCGGUACCGGAGGAGGCGCUGCAGCUCCGUCUGCAAGACCUGCUGCAGCACUCAAGGCCCCUCCAAAGCUUGCUCUUGAAGGCAACAAGUGGGUGGUGGAGAACCAAGUCAACAACAAUGAAAUCAUUAUAGAUCAAACGGAAUUGAGGCAUGUUGUUUAUAUUUACAAUUGCCAAAACUGUACGAUUCAAAUCAAGGGCAAGGUUAAUGCCGUUACGAUCGAUGGCUCCAGAAAGGUUGGCCUCCUAGUCGAGAACGUGGUCUCAACGAUCGACGUGGUGAACACCAAAUCCGCCCAAGUCCAAAUCACCGGCAAAGCACCUACGGUCGCGAUUGACAAAACGGACGGAUUACAAUUGUACCUUUCCAAAGAGACGUUGGAUAUUGAGAUCCUUACGGCAAAGAGUUCAGAAAUGAAUGUGCUUGUGCAGGGUGCUGAUGGGGAUUACACGGAGAAACCCCUUUCGGAGCAAUUUAAGACGACGGUUAGGAAUGGGAAUCUUGUGACGGUGCCUGUGGAGCACAAGGGUUGAGAAUCGGAAUAGGACGAGCUUGACUAGCAAAAAAAAAGAAGAUAGCAAACGACGAAAAGAAAACGUAUAUGGUUUACAUUUUGGAUUUUUUUUUAGUAAAGAAGCGAAAUAUAUUCCCUUGUCUUUAA